GUUAACAACAGUCCCACGUUUAAAUUUUUCGUUUUGAAAUAUGCAAGGAUCUGGUAACGUUGUCCUUUAGUAACUGCUACUUCUGCUACGAAUAUGCAGUGAAGUGUCAACUGUAAUUUAUAAUCAAGUUGGCCACACUUACCAAACAUUUUGAUUAUGUCAUUCUAUCACAAUUCUGAUCUACUUUUUAAAUAAGGCUGGUAAAUUGAUUAAAAAGGACGAAAAGUUGUGAAAAUGGUAAAACCUUUGGAAAAAGCUGGAUUCUUGGAACUUCACACCGCUGGUUUAAUUAUUGGCUGGCUAGGAGUGAUUGGAAGCGUUUUGAUUUUUAUUAUUGCGGCUUUUACUUUGGGAGAAGCCGAUAAGAUAGCUGAUAAUCUGGCACCAGAAAAUGGCGAAGAGUCAGGAUUACAUAACCAAGCCGAAGCUGCUGUUUCCUUUUUGGGGGUUUUCCUCAUGGGUGUUUGCAUCAUGAGUGCUGUGAUAUCAGGCUUACUCAUAUACGGAAUAAAUAAGAACCGACAUUCUAUGUUACUGCCCUGGUUGGUGUUAGGUACUUUUGGCGUUGUAUUCAGCUAUUUCAAUUUGUUGGCAGCCUUGUUUGCCUUUGUUGCUGGUCCACAUAACUUCCUAGACUUCUUGUACCAAGUAUUUUCUACUGAUACAGAUUUUAACAUUAAAGAGUAUAUUGUUGUAGAGUAUAUAUACAAAUUUUAACAUUGCGAGUACAUAUUUGGAAUCACUUACAGCUCUGCAAAGCUACUUUUAUUAUGUAAUAUACUCACUAUACAUGCGUAUGAAAAUGGAUACGGGAAUCGGUAGCGAAUUGGCUCCUCCACCAGCUGCAGCAGUACCAUACCAACAAAACGAUCCUGCAUAUUCUAACUAUGACAAGGUCGCGUCACCAUAAAAGGAUACCAAAUACCAGAAUAUACAGUUUAUAUACAGUAUAUACAGUUUCAAUAUCUAUAUUAUAAGACAAGUUGCCUUUACUUACGCCAAAUUCGCGUUUAUUCAACGCUUCUUAGCUUUUUUAAAACUGAAAACCUAACUAAAACAAUACAUAAAAGGAUGCCAAAUACCUGAAUAUAUACUAAUGAUGUUUAUUUACAAUUCCAAUAUAUAUAUUAUAAGACAAGUUGCCUUUACUUACGCCAAAUUCGCGUUUAUUCAACGCUUCUUAGCUUUUUUAAACAUGAAAACCUAACUAAAACAAUAUAUAAAAGGAUGCCAAAUACCAGAAUAUAUAUUAAUGAUGUUUAUUUACAAUUCCAAUAUCUGUAUUAUAAGACAAGUUGCAUUUACUUACGCCAAAUUCGCGUUUAUUCAAAGCUUUUUUAAAACUUAAAACCUAACUAAAACAAAUAAUAAAAAUACUCAAGAUGUUCCUUGCCAACAACUAUUUUGCCAAUAAAUAAUAUUAGUUAAUGAAUUCAA